AUGUGCAGAAGGAAGCAAAGCACAACUUGUUCCUGCAUUCUGCCUGAGGCAAAUGGAGAAGAGCAGUGGGAGCUGAUUGGAAGUCGAACAUACAAAUGGCAUGGUCCGGAAGCAUUGCGAUGCAAGCAUUGGGACAAAGUUGCUGUCAGAUGGCAUCUCUCCACAUGCGGUUUUCGUCAUGGUCGACGCCAUUGCAAUGGUGGUACGAAUGCUGAAUUGGCUCAGGAUCCACAACAAUUCCAGGAAUUACCGCGAUGGCGAAAUGCGUUCACAUAUGCACAACUUCCAAAUCCUACACAUAAAGACGAACAUCUUCGAUUGGCUUUGGAUGGAUAUGACAAGAAGCUUCUGGAUGUUAAAUUAAUCGCACCCCUAAAAAUUGAUGUGGACUGGAAAUGGACAAUAGGAGAAGACGGAUGCAACAACUUUAGUGUGAGGAUGUCCGCAAUGAGCACAAUUGACGAUCACCGUCUCGGCGAUUUAACGGAGUUCUGUCGAUCGUUCGACUCCGACGGCUUCUCUUUAGUGGAUCGUCUUCUUGAUGAUCUUGGUAUGAUGUCCGCAAUGAGCACAAUUGACGAUCACCGUCUCGGCGAUUUAACGGAGUUCUGUCGAUCGUUCGACUCCGACGGCUUCUCUUUAGUGGAUCGUCUUCUUGAUGAUCUUGGUAUGUACGUAUUCAGUGCUUUAGAUCGCCAUCAUGACCCGCAUUACCGACUGACGAAACUCACUCGGGUGCCAUCUUAUUCACUUUGA